GACAGCCACACUAAACUGCUCAAAAACAAUUGUCAUUUAAAACAAAUUUUCGAUUUAUUUCUGAAAAAGCGACAACAGACGAAAUGGAAGAGAGUUGGUGGGUAGCCAGUCUGAAGGCUCUGGAAACAAAGGCUCAGCGCAUGGGGGCGCUGACCAAGAUGAACACUGCAAUCGCCAAGGAGGCGGCUCUUCCGCGCCAAAUCAUCGCUGGGCUGUUAACCAACCCGGAAUUGUACGACUGUGCCAGACUUUCUGGGGAUUCUGGCAAAGAUCCCUCCGUGGAUGUGGCUUUGGAGCUGCUGGGCCAUUGCCUGGACCAGCUGGCGGUAGACACCGCCGACGAGCAGCUGCCCAGACUGCUGGGUCGCGGCCUGGCCCACUCGAAUCCCGCCCUGCGUUCCCUAGUGCUGGCCAGUGUGCUUAAGGAGCUACGCCGCCAGUUGAACGCCGGCCAGGUGCACACGUUGCCCGGCAACGAGCUGCUCUUCCUUAUCUUGGACGAGUUGAAGCAGCCGGAGACGGAGGGCAGCUCACUGGCCAUCAAUAUCCUGUCCAUUGUGCUCGUCCAGCGCCUCAGCGAUGCCGGCGUGCAGGCCAAGCUGGUCGAGCUUCUGCAGAAGGACGAGAUCGUGCGUUGUCGCGCUUACGAACUGGGCGUGGUCCUGGCUAAGGGCAGCGCCGCCUCCCUCACCGCCGUGGAGUUUAUUCUGGAUGCGGCGCUCAGCGAGCUGGACAACGACGAUGUCCUCCUGCAGGCCAGUGUGAUGGAGAUUCUGGUGCCUUUGGCCGAACAAAACCAUGGCCUAUCCUACAUGGAACGACGACGCGUUUUCGAUGUUAUCAGCACACGGGUGCAGCGCAUCGAAGAAAAUCCUCUAGAUGCCCUGCUGAUACCCAGCAUCAUGAAGUUCUUCGGCAAGAUUGCCGCCGUGCAGCCUCAAAAGAUCAUUGCCGGCUAUCCGCACAUGCUGGCCUGUUUGUUCCAGCAACUGCAAUCGGAGGACGAAACCAUUCUGCCCACCGCCAUGGACACGCUUUCCAAUUUGGCCAGCACACCGCAGGGAAAGGUGCUACUGCACCUGCACUUUAACACCGCCGUGGAGGAGUCCUUUAAGAAGUACAGCUCGUACACCAAGAAGCUAUCGGCGCCCAUCAAAGAGCGGCUGCUCAACUCGCUGGAUGUGAUUUAUUCGGUGGAGACACCUCCUACCAAGGAAAUCAAUGCCAUCCUAAAGACCUGGUACGAGAGCUUCGCUGGUGGAGCGCAGGCCAAUGCCAUCAUGGAACUGAUCAACACGCCAUUCCCUGACCUCCAGUUGGCCGCCUUGGGCCUGCUGAAAACCAUCUGUAAGUACGGCUGGGGCAUUGUUGCCUUGAAAAACACUGGCGGAGCGGUGGAAUUCCUGCUCUCGCGACAGAAGGAUCUGCACAAGGACGUCAAGUUUCUCAAGUGGGAGAUCAUGGAGAUGCUGGCCAUUAGCUCCGAGUUUUCACCCACCGAAACCGUGCGUUUUACAGCGUACGUGAACGAGGGACCAUAUCACAUCCAGGCGGACGUCAAUAUAGCCACCGAACCGCAGGGCAACGCUUAGAGGGCGGAAUGCCAAGCAUUUACCGCCUCCGAUUACGAAUCGUAUGUACAGCGACGCGUUCAACUAACAUCUGAAUAUGUAUUUAUAGGAUUACAAUAAGAUUUAACUAUUAGAUCACAUGUAACAAUGCCCCAUUGGGCAGGUCGAUUGAUGGGGAUGCAACAAAUAGUCAGAAUAUUUUUUGGACAAUUGUAAAUGGUUUGCCUUAAAAACUAUUGGUAAAAUAUCAACUUUUGUAAUUAUGUAAACAGGCAUGAAUUUCAUUGGGGUGCGAAAUAAACAAAAUUAAAUGAAGAAAACUGUA